AUGUCGGUUUUAUCAUGCAAAACAACAAAUUGUCCAAAUUAUAAUUUUUACGAGAGCAUUAAUAACGGUGACAACGUCAAUAAUGAUAAUGGCAACAGCAACAAUCAUAUUGGAGGAUGGCGAUAUUCAUUUUCAAGUUCUUCAAAUAUGAAUAAUCGAAAUACCGAAUUGUGCGUCGCAUGUAAAAAAUCUAAAAAAUUGGAACGACAAAAAAAAACACGCAGUCAAGUUUUGAUUAGUAAAGGAUUAAUGAAUAAAACAACUUCAAUCCUUACGAAUACUGCUGCUAAUAAUGGAGGAGGAGUAGGUAGAAUCGGCGAAGAAAAUAAUGAUAAAGAUGGAGAUGAUAAAGGAUUUGCAAGUUAUCAAGAUUUUCAAAUAACCACCAUCAAUGCAGAUAAUCACUAUCAAUAA